AAUAAUUUUAAAUUCAACUGAAAACUGAUAAUAGGCUUUUGGCUUAUGCAAGUGUGAUAGCUGUCAUCUCUCUCUUUCAAAAUCUCUCUACAAAGGAAGGUUCCUUUCUCUUAACAGCUCUUGCACCUGGAAUCUGUUCGCUAAUGGAGAAGGAAAGCCACUUCUUCAUCUUCUGUUUUUGUCUCUUCAUUUGCUUUAAAACUAUUGCUACAGAAGCUCAUGCUAAUGGCUUCACCAAGCUUUUCGUGUUUGGAGACUCCUAUGUUGAUACUGGGAAUAGGAAUUUCAGUGCUAGGUCAUGGAACCAACCAUAUGGAAUCACUCUUCCUGGUAAACCGGCUGGCCACUACUCAAACGGUCGCGUCUUCAGUGACUACAUAGCUUCGUGGAUGGGUAUAAGGUCCCCUACACCAUAUAGAUGGAGAAAAAUGGAGAAUACAUCCCUGGAAUGUGGAAUGAAUUUUGCUUUCGGAGGGACCGGGGUCUUUGAUACCCUGGUCAGUGCACCAAAUAUGACAAUCCAAAUCGAUCUUUUUCAAAGACAACUCCAAAAGAAACUCUAUACCAAGGUUGAUCUUAACUCCUCCAUUGCUCUGGUAUCUCUGGCCGGCAAUGACUAUACUGCAUACCUUGCCAGAAAUGGCACUACUGAGGGUUUGUCAGCCUUCACUAAAUCAAUGAUUAAGCAGCUUGGCUUGAACCUACAACGCAUUCAUGGUUUAGGAGUGCGAAAAAUAGCGGUUAUGAAUAUACAGCCUCUUGGAUGUUUGCCUUCAGAAACUAUCUCAGAUUUGUACAAGAAUUGCAGCACAUCGGGCAAUUCAGUGUCCUUGUUUCACAACCAAGUAUUGGAGAAAACCGUGGAAAAGCUGAACAACAAGAGCAAGGAAUCUGUGUUUGUUAUUCUCAACAUGUACAAGGCAUUUUUGUCUGCAUUGAAAAAGCAAGCGAGCCAACCAGGAACUCUGAAGUUUAAGGAUCCAUUGAGGCCAUGUUGCGAAGCAGUGAGUACUGGAUACAAAUGCGGGAACACAGAGGAUGGAAAGAGGAUGUACGUUGUAUGCAACAACCCCAACUCAACAUUCUUUUGGGAUGAUGUUCACCCUUCGCAGGCAGGCUGGCGUGCAGUUUACUUAGCAUUAAAAUCUUCCGCAUACUCACUUGCUCUUAUGUAACCUUGUGCUUUUUAACUUUGCAUGCUCUGUUUUAUUUUUCUCCUUAGGUAUCUACAGAUUCCAAAUUGGAAGUAUGGGAUUUAUAAGUGAGUUUUGGGGCAAAAUAUAACAUAUUACGUGGCAUAA